AUUGUCAUGGCACGGUCCCUGCCCAGCACUGUGCUGGGUAUCAUGGAGAUAGGAUGGAGCUUGGAUGAAGCUGCCAGUGCCGAGGCGGUGCGCACCUUCCUGCAGCGGGGCCACAACGAGAUAGACACCGCCUUCGUGUAUGCAGAUGGCCAGUCUGAGACUAUCCUAGGCGGCAUGGGGCUCGGGCUGGGCUGCAGCGACUGCAAAGUGAAAAUUGCCACAAAGUCUGUUCCCACUAUUGGGACUUCAAACCGUCUUGACAAUAUCCGGUUCCAGCUGGAGACGUCACUGAAGCGGCUGCAGUGUCCCCGGGUGGACAUCUUCUACUUACACAUACCAGACCACAGCACUCCCAUAGAGGAGACACUGCAGGUCUGCAACCAGCUGCAUCAGGAGGGCAAGUUUGUGGAGUUUGGCCUGUCCAAUUAUGCCUCCUGGCAAGUGGCUGAGAUCUGUACCCUGUGCAAGAAAAAUGGCUGGAUCAUGCCAACUGUGUACCAGGGCAUGUACAACGCCACCACCAGGCAGGUGGAGAAGGAGCUCCUCCCCUGCCUCAGACACUUUGGACUGAAGUUUUAUGCCUACAGUCCUUUGGCUGGAGGCCUGCUGACUGGCAAAUACAGAUGCGAUGUGAAAGAUGAGGAGCAGCCUGUGAGCCGCUUCUUUGGGAAGAAAUGGGAUGAUUUCUACAGGAACUGGUUCUGGAAGGAAGACCACUUCAAGGGCGUUGACCUUGUGAAGAAGUCCUUGAAGGCCACGUAUGGCACCAGAGACCCAGGAAUGACCUCAGCUGCCUUGAGGUGGAUGUACCACCACUCACAGCUCCAGGGCUCCCUAGGGGAUGCAGUCAUCUUGGGCAUGUCCAGCCCAGAACAGCUGGAGCAAAACUUGGCCGCCACAGAGGAAGGGCCCCUGGACCCAGCCGUCGUGGAUGCCUUUGACGAAGCCUGGAAUAUGCUUGCUCUCAACUGUCCCAAGUACUUCAGAUAGACUGUGGCGGCUCAAGCUGCCCAGGGCUUUCUUUCCCUCCACCUCUUGGAGUCAGGCCCUGGCUGUUUCUUGCCUUAUGCUGGCUUCCUGUGGUCUUUUCUGCCAGUCUCCAUCCAUGUCGUGUCCUCGAU